AUUUUGUUGUGCUUUAUUGCACUACUCCUAGCCUACAUCUCAUUAAUCAGUAUUUCCAUAGCUCUUUCCCUUUCAUAUAGGAUGUAUCUUAUUUAUGGUGUCAAUUACAGUAAACAGACAUAAAAAUUAUCUUCUACGGACGUCAAAAUCGGUCAUUUCUUGCGGCAUAACAACAAAUCUUGCUUGCAAUUAUGUGUAUCAAAGGGCGUUGAAUGUGUUAGGAUUUCGAGGAGGAAAUGCCAGGUUCAUAAAUGAUUAUCAUUGGUAUCCGAAUAAUAUAUCACCUUACAAACACUUCAGGAAGAAUGGAGUCUCUAAUAGCUCGUUUGUUAAUGUCUCUGAAAAUCAAGGUAGAAGCCGUGAAACUUUGGAACUAUCCAUAUCAAAGCUAUACAAUGAUUGUAUCGGCUAUUUAAAUCCUUUUUAUAAUAUUUAUGAAGCUAAUGAAGCUUUGUAUUUGCGCUUAAUUGAAUUCUUUUCAGAAAGCCAGACAGUAUUCAUUCUCUUACAACAAGAAUUCGAAGAAGAAGCGAAAAUAAUUUUUGAAUAUUUUCAAAAAGUAGCUUGUUUAGAUCCUGACUAUUCUCGUUCAUCCAAGGUUACAGAAAACAUAUUGAAUGACUUAUUUAAGUAUUGUAAACUAUUGACCGACAAAGGUCAAGAAGACCCGAAUAAGUUUAUUCAUGCAUGCGUCAAUUGCCUUCUAUUCCUAUCUUCUGAUCGCUCCUUUUCUACUGUCUACUGGCAGCAUGGGUCUCAAUAUCAGCAGUUCUUAAAUUUAUUAAGAAAUGCUUCACGUUCUGUUCUUCAACCGAAUAAUGAUCUUUAUAAAAGCAUUGAAAUAUUUUUUUACUCUAUUCUUCAAUCUUACGCGCUACAUAAAGGAUUCAUUCCUUCAGCCAAUUCUAUUGAUCGCUGUCUACCCGAAAACAUGCGGAUAAAAGAAGAAGAAUGGGCAAGAAUAUUAUCAUUCAAAAGGGAUCCUUCCCUUUUUUCAAACCCUGAGUUACCUAAGAACUUCUCAGAUUCCUCUUUGCUUUCCAUUCUUUAUAGCGGGAAUUAUCAAGCUCUUAGUGAAUGGCUUAUUUCAGCUUGUAAAGAGGGACAAGUUUCUAAUUUAAGGAUUCUUAACCUGUUAUUGAAAGGGGAACCUAAAACGAUAAACCUAAGAGAUACUGUUUCCUUGUUUAUGUAUUCAGUAAAAAAUAUCCCCAAUAACAGUCGGUUCCUUGAGGUUAAAGCUUCUUUAUUGUCGAAAUUACUUCGAGUUAAAAAACUUCAGGAAUUUCAAGCCGUCUUAUCUACUCUCCCAAACAUCCAGUCGAUGAUUGAACACCGAAGAUAUGAUGUUCUGCUUCCAAUAAUAGAUUAUGUUACCUUUACAAAGGAUAUGGACCUAUUUUUGGAGCUUAACACUUCUCUUCUUACGUGUACAAGGGAAAUACCAGAAGAAUUAUACGUGAAAGUUUUGAAAUGCUAUGGUCAAAUGCCGAAGGAUGUAACCUAUUACAAACUGUUUAAAGCCUUCUUGGAGAAAAACCCUAUUUUAGAUGAAAAACAAAAACGUUAUGUUAAUAGCAUCUUAUUAAAGAGCUGUCAUACUCACCUUUCUCAUGUACUGUAUCGGGAAUUCCCACACAUAUUGAGGCCAAAAAGCCCGAUUUUAUUUUUUUGCUAUUGCUUUAGGAAAAGGGGGAACGAAUGGAUUCUAAAAUACUUAAACAUCGCCGGACAUCCUAAAGAUGAUAUAUGGAAUGACAUGAUUACGAACCCCGAUGCCUCUAAAACCUUACUAAAAGCUUUUUGUUCCAAAUAUGAUUCAAGUCGAGCAAUAAAAUUUCUAAAAGCGUGUUCUGCUGAAGGACCUUACCCUUCAAAUUUAUUACGGGAGAUUCUUCAUCAUGCUCAACUUGAGAAUAAUUGCGAGACCAUAAAAUGGCUGAAAUCUCAAGAGACGGAAGUUUCUCCUCCUGUACUUGAAAAACAAUUAUAAAAAUAACCAUUGUCGAGUUUACUCUAUAAACACUUUUGGAUUUUUUUUAAUCAAAUGUUAAUAGCCCUUGUUUUCAUGCUUGCUUUCAUUAAAAAUACUAAUAUCAUUUCAUUUUUA